CUUACUGUACCAAGAAAAAAACUUACUGUAUAGUGUCUAUACUAAAUUGUCUUUAUAAACUUGGUUGUUUUCAGUUUUUGUGGAAGUUGAUAAAUAUUUGGUGAUAUCUAAAAUAGCGAAUAUUGAUCAUCGAUUUCGUGAUAAACUAACACUAUCACAGAAAUGCAUUUAAGUCAGUAAUCCUUGCAUUAUUGUUGUAGCGAAUGGAUCAACUUUUGACGUUAAAUUAUGCCGCCUAAAACCAGAGGAAGUAAAUCACUAAAAAUAUGUAAAGAAAAUGUGGGGCUUACGAAUAGAGUUAAACUUAAAGCUUUAGAAAAUCCAAAAAAGCCUCAAAGAAAAGUGCUAUCUGAUAAAACAAACUCUGCUUCGGAUGACAAUGCCAACUCAUCCCCAUUAAAGAAUGUUGAGACCUACAAAUUUGAAGAAACUGAACUAAAGAAGCCUCGACGCAAAAGAAAACUUCCAGCGAGAUAUGUCGAAAGCCAAGCUUUGGUUAGUCUAUCUAACAGCAACAAUGAACAAAUUUCUCCUACCUUAAAACCUGUCAAGUCAAAAACUAAGAAAACCUUACCUAUUAAAAAAGAUAUCAUACAAAAAUCCCCACUUAAAACCUCAAAAAUAUUACCAAAUAGCAUAUUAAAAUCGCGUCCAAAAAGAGUUUGUAGAAUACCAUCAAAGUUAGAAGGUCACUCAGUGAGCCCAAUCAAAUAUAUUCCUUUGCAACCACUGAGUACCAGUACACCUGUUCCAAAUAAAACUGUUAAAAAUACCGCUAAAAAUAAAAACACUUCACUUGUAAAAACACCCAGUCCUGUAUUAAACAAUGUUAGAAAACAACCCAUACCAAAACUGAAUAAUAAGAAAAAUGCCACUUCUGCAGCUGAUUCUAAUAAUAAUGGAAAGAAGCAACAACAGAUUGAUAAGUGUUUUGAAAAACAAAUACAGUCUGGUAAAUCUAAAAAGAUUUCAUUGAAUUCUUUCAGAGUAUUUGAUGACAUUAAAAAGUCUCAUAAAAGAAAUUCAGUAAAGAAUGAUCCAUAUGAGUUUACAUUUGACCCAGAUGAGGAACCACCUCAGAAAAAAAAGAAGAAGCGCCUUGCUAAGCCAAGACAGCCAAAACCUAAAACAGCCAUCAAGGGUGCUUAUGAGAAAAAUUUGGCUAAAGCUUUAGCUACUUUAAAGAAUACUUUGGCAACAAAGACUCCAUCAGGUAGAGAUGUGCAAGUACUUAAUUCACAAACUGUAAACAAUGUCAAUAACAGUAGUAAUAAAAAUGAUGACAUAUUAAAGACUCAAGUAAAUGAGAUAAACAAUAGUAUCCCGUGUGCAAAUAAUUUUAAUUCUGUAAGAAUUGAAGAUAUUGCAAUGGACUUACAAGAGCCCGAUCACACUUUAGACUAUUCACCUGUGAAUUCACCACAACAUAGUGUACCCACAGUAGUGGCAGAAAAUGUGUCAGCGAAUGAAAAGGAUCCUUUAAAUCUGAAAGAUAGUUUAAGUUUCUUUGAUGAUCAGCCUGUAGCCAGUAGUAGUAUGAAUGCAUCAAUUAGACAUCCAACUGCUAGUCCUUGGAGAAUAGAAUUUGGUAGCUUACCAAUAAAAUGGCCAGUUAAUGCUUAUGUUAAGCCAAACAUGACACCAGCCGUUGAAACUUCUUACAUAAACUUCAAUGAUUCAAAAAAGAAGCAUGUUUAUACAAACAUUGUACCUAUAAAUGACACAUUGCCACAGGAAACAAGCCUCAAACAAACAAGCAUUAUUUCAUUUAUAAAGGAAGUUGCUGAACGAAAUGCUAAGAAGAAAAUAAAGUCAACUCCAGUCAAAUCAAAUUCAUUGUUUGAAGAUAUCUCUAAUAAAUGUAUAAAUGUGAGUCCAACAAAAAGUGUAUCAAAGAAUAAUUCAAAAGAAAGUAAUUCUGGUCAUGUUGAUGUCAUUGAUGAGAAUGUAGAUAAUUCAAUAAUAAAAACACCAGAAAAAAGUAAUUCUACAAAGUGUGGAACAUUCUUUGGUUUUGAUGACACUGAGGAAGAUCAGGAGAAUGUUUCUCCACUUAAAAAAGACAAGAGACAAGCAUUAAGACCACGAAAAAAGGUGGUUUUGCGGGAUAUUAAUAAUGUAAAUGGACCAUCCAGGGCUAUCAUACCAGUUUCAGUGAAAUCUAAGCUGAAUUCAGAUCCUUUGAAUCAUGAUUUUGAAGAUCCUAAAUUGGGGAUAGAGCCACCACUAUUUCCUGUAACAGAAUCUCUUCACGUUAAUGGUGAAAUAACAAAUUUGAAUGUUGAAGAUGACUCAAAUUCUGUACAUUUGUUUGAAGAUAUCGAUAUAAUUCAUCAUUACCAUCAGCCACCUCGAAAAAGUUAUGGAAAAGCAAAAAAAGUGACAUUCCAUCAAAAUUCUGCCACGGAUAGUGAUGUUUCUAAUGACGAGGAGCAGGUCUCCGAGAAAGAAGAUAAUCUUGAUGAUUUAUCAUUUAAGUUACCCAGCACUAAGCCGAAAAGGGUGCAUAAGAAAAAGUUAACAAAGAAGCAAAAAAUUUCAAAAAAGGAGGAGCAGGAAGUAGAAAACUGGGCUGCUGGGUUCAACUCAAUGUGUGAAGAUAUUGAAGAAUUUGAUCUAAUAGUUGAAUAGGUUCUAAGAUUUAUGUUAAAAAUAUAGCACUUAAGAUUUAAUUAUGGUUUGGCUGCCAUAAACCACAUUUUAAUUUAUAAACAUACUAUGAUCCUAUAUACAAAUAUCAUAGUAUUUAGUAAUUAUGUCGUAGCUAUUAGAAGCUGGAAAAAUAUUAUGAAAGCAGUCUAACUAAUUUACCAAGCGAGGGACCAUUUAUUAAUAAGUGCAAUUUAACUGGAAUUGAAUAACUUUUAUCAUGGCGUCAGUAUUUAUUUGCAUUUUUAAUUCAUACAAUUAUAAACUGAACUAAAAUACUCUGUUGGCUGAGUAAAAUUGUAAGACCACAAAGUUAAUUUUUAAUUUGGGUAAUAUAAAUUGCCAUAUAAUUAUGCCAUUUAUUUAGGUUUAUUUUGAUAUUAAGCCUAAUUUUAAUUAUGUCGUAGAUGCUACGUCAUUUAUCU